UUGCACCCUUCCUAAUAAAUUUAUGGACAGUCUGGGUCAGGUUGUGGCUGGAUUUCUUAUAUUGCUUGAAGACUUGGAAAAUUCUGUAUACUGUUUCAUACAUGCAUCUGUAUCUUCUUUUCUUUUCCCGAUGGGUUAUUAUUUCCACAUCAGGGAAAAGAGUCUAGUUAAUGUUUAUUUUCUCUAAGCCAAGCAAUUUCUUUGAAUAAAAUUUGGUAUUUCUUCGUUUCUCAAAGGUUUGUAUGUUUUCUUUUGUAUACUAGAGCUAUAUGAUUGUGUUUUUUUCCUACAGUAGUAUUUGCAUAAAUCUAACUAUUGCACUUGCCCCAAAAAGCCUUAGAAAAGUCAGUUGCGGAAAUAUAUAAUGGGAUCCAAUAUUACUAGGUUUUAAUGCCAUGAUAGCUUCAGUGUUAUAAUAGUCUUUUAUAUUUCUUUUGGGGGAAAAUGGAUUACUACUUUUUCAGAAGCCUGUUCCCAAGAUGAAAACUUUAUUCUCAAACAUGACAGAGCAUUCCUUUUGUCAAUGGCAAAUCGAGGGAAACAUACCAAUGGUUCCCAGUUUUUCAUUACCACAAAACCUGCUCCACACCUGGAUGGGGUGCAUGUUGUCUUUGGACUAGUUAUUUCUGGUUUUGAAGUAAUCGAACAAAUUGAAAAUCUGAAAACUGAUGCUGCAAGUAGACCUUAUGCAGAUGUGCGAGUUAUUGACUGUGGGGUGCUUGCCACAAAGUCAACAAAAGACGUUUUUGAGAAAAAAAGGAAGAAACCAACUCAUUCAGAAGUCUCGGAUUCCUCUUCCAAUUCCUCUUCCUCUUCAGAAUCAUCCUCAGAAAGUGAAAUUGAACAUGAGAGAAGCAGAAGAAGGAAACAUAAGAGGAGGCCAAAAGUUAAACAUUCUAAAAAGAGAAAAAAGGAAGCAAGCAGUUCAGAAGAGCCAAGGAAUAAACAUAUAAUAAGCCCGAAAGGUCACUCUGAGAGGAGUGAUACCAAUGAAAAAAGGUGUAUCGAUUCAAAUGCUAAAAGGGAAAAGCCUGUGGUGCGCCCAGAAGAGAUUCCUCCAGUGCCCGAGAACCGAUUUUUACUAAGAAGAGAUAUGCCUCUUGUCACAGUGGAGCCUGAACCGAAGAUUCCUGAUAUUACACCCAUUGUAAGUGAUCAGAAACCAUCUGUAUCAAAGUCUGGACGGAAGAUUAAAGGAAGGGGCACAAUUCGCUAUCACACACCUCCAAGAUCAAGAUCCUGUUCCGAAUCAGAUGAUGAUGAUAGCAGUGAAACUCCUCCUCACUGGAAAGAAGAAAUGCAGAGAUUAAGAGCAUAUAGACCGCCUAGUGGAGAAAAAUGGAGUAAAGGAGAUAAGUUAAGUGACCCCUGUUCAAGCCGAUGGGAUGAAAGAAGCUUGUCCCAGAGAUCCCGAUCGUGGUCCUAUAAUGGAUAUUAUUCAGAUCUAAGUACAGCAAGACACUCUGAUGGUCACCAUAAAAAACGCAGAAAAGAGAAAAAGCUUAAGCAUAAAAAGAAAGCUAAAAAGCAGAAACAUUGCAGAAGGCACAAACAGACUAAGAAGAGAAGGAUUAUUGUACCAUCUGAUAUAGAAUCCUUAAAAUCUUCCACCCGAAGAGUGAAAUCCUCAUGUGAUAGAGAAAGGAGAUCUCGUUCUUCCUCAUUGUCAUCUCAUCACUCUUCCAAGAGGGACUGGUCUAAAUCUGAUAAGGAUGACCAGAGCUCUUCAACCCAUUCCAGCAGAGACUCAUACAGAUCAAAAUCUCACUCACCGUCUUAUUCUAGAGGAAGCUCAAGGACUCCAUCAAAAUCCUCAUCACAUUCUCGAAGUAGAUCAAAGUCCAGAUCUAGUUCUAAGUCAGGGCACCAAAGAACAGCAUCAAAAUCACCAAGAGGAACAGCCUCUCAGUUAAGUGAAAAUAAACCUGUUAAAACAGAACCUUUAAGAGCAACAGUGACACAAAAUGAAAAUGUUUUAGUACAACCAGUGGUGGCAGAAAAUAUUCCUGUAAUACCACUGAGUGACAGCCCCCCUCCUUCAAGGUGGAAGCCUGGACAGAAGCCCUGGAAGCCCUCUUAUGAACGAAUCCAGGAAAUGAAAGCUAAAACAACCCAUUUGCUGCCCAUCCAAAGCACUUAUGGUUUAGCAAAUGUUAAAGAGACUGGUAGUUCAUCAUCCUACCAUAAAAGAGAAAAAAAUUCAGAAAGUGAUCGGAGCGCUUAUUCAAAAUACAGUGAUAGAAGUUCAGAAAGCUCACCAAGGUCAAGGAGUAGAUCUUCUAGGAGUAGAUCUUAUUCCAGGUCAUACACAAGGUCUCGAAGUUUAGCUAGUUCACAUUCAAGGUCUAGGUCUCCCUCAUCUAGAUCUCAUUCACGAAAUAAAUACAGUGACCACUCACGGUGUAGUAGAUCAUUUUCAUACUCUUCUGUUAGCAGUGAUGAUGGAAGACGAGCCAAGAGAAAAUUUAGAUCCAAUGGGAAAAAAAAUAACACCUCAAAUAAAAGGCACAGCAGCAGCUCUGAAAAGACGCUUCGUAAUAAAUAUGUCAAAGGCAGAGACAAGUCUUCAUGUCAUAGGAAGUACAGUGAAAGCAGGUCAUCUUUAGAUUAUUCUUCAGACAGUGAACAGUCAAGUGUUCGGGUUACACAGUCAGCCCAGGAAAAAGAGAAGCAAGUCCAAAUGGACAUGAAUAAUAAACAAGAGAAAAACAGAGAUGAAGAGAAAUCUAAGCCUGAACGGGAAUGUCCUCAUUCAAAAAAAAGAACUUUGAAAGAAAGUCCUUCUGAUCACUUUAGAAAUGGCAGUAAGCCCAAAAGGAAGAAUUAUGCUGGGAGUAAAUGGGACUCUGAGUCAAAUUCUGAACAAGAUGUAACUAAAAACAGUAAAAAUAAUUCCCGGCCAUCUUCUGAUAAGGAGGAAGGUGAAGCCACUUCAGAUUCUGAGUCAGAGUUGGGUGAAAUUCACAUCAAAGCCAAACCAGCAACUAAGUCUUCAGCAAAUACUUUACUGCCUGAUGGUAAUAGUGCCUGGAAAUCAAGCAAACAGCGGUCAUCAACCUCUGAUUCUGAGGGGUUCUAUUCCAAUUCAGAAAACAGUAGAGGAAAACCACACAAGCAUAAACACAGCUCAAAGGAGCAUCUUAAAAGGGAACAUACCAAAAAAGCAAAAGAGAAAUUGAAAGGGAAAAAAGAUAAAAAACACAAGGCUCCAAAACGAAAACAAGCAUUUCACUGGCAGCCUCCACUAGAAUUUGGUGAAGAGGAGGAGGAGGAGAUUAAUGAAAAGCAAGUUACUCAGGAAGCAAAAGAGAAAAAACAACUUUCUGAAAACAGUGACGCCAUAAAAGAAAAUAUUCCCAAAACUGAGAAGCCCUGUGAAGAUGGCAAUCUUUCAGGUAAACAUAAUCCAAUAACGGUUUCAUCAGAUACUGAUCAGCCUACUAAAGAUGAUAGUAAACUCAGUGUGUCUCCCGCAGCUUUAAACACUGAGGAAAAUGUAGUCAGUUCUCCCCCGAACAUUCAGCAUAUUGAAGAGAGCAUCCCAAGCGGAGUGGAGGAUCUGCUUCAAACAGAUGACAACAUGGAGAUUUGCACUCCUGAUAGGAGUUCCCCAGCAAAGGCCGAGGGGGCUUCCCCUCUAGGAAAUUCAAGCCUUGACACCCCGGAUAUAAGCAUUGUUCUAAAGCAGGAUAUGCCAACAGAGCAUCCUGAGGCAGAGUUGGGAAAACAGGAAAACAGCAUGUCAGAAAGCAAAACGGUGGGUGAGGUGGGAAAACAGGACAGCAGCUCCGCCAGCUUGGCCACUGCUGUAGAAAGCACUGUGAAGAGAGAGGUGGCUGAGAAAAGCCAGACCAGCCUCGUGGAUAAUAAAUGGAAGCCCCUGCAAGGUGUGGGGAACCUGGCAGCACCAUCUGCUACUACAUCAAGUGCUGUGGAAGUUAAGGCACUGACUACUGUGCCUGAAAUGAAACCACAAGGCUUGAGAAUAGAAAUUAAAAGCAAAAAUAAAGUUCGGCCUGGGUCUCUCUUUGAUGAAGUAAGAAAGACAGCACGCUUAAACCGGAGGCCAAGAAAUCAGGAGAGUUCGAGUGAUGAGCAGACACCUAGUCGGGAUGGUGAUAGCCAGUCCAGGAGUCCAAGUAGAUCUCGAAGUAAAUCUGAGACCAAAUCAAGGCACAGAACAAGGUCUGUCUCCUACAGUCACUCAAGAAGUCGAUCGAGAAGUUCCACAUCAUCUUAUCGAUCAAGAAGCUACUCCAGAAGUCGGAGCAGAGGGUGGUACAGCAGAGGCCGCACAAGAAGCCGGAGCAGUUCCUACCGCAGUUACAAAAGCCAUAGGACGUCCAGCAGGAGCAGAUCCAGGAGCAGCUCGUAUGAUCCCCACAGUCGGUCCAGCAGGUCCUACACUUACGAUAGCUACUAUAGCAGGAGUCGGAGUCGAAGUAGAAGCCAGAGGAGCGACAGUUAUCACCGAGGCAGAAGCUACAAUAGGCGGUCCAGGAGUUGUAGAUCUUAUGGCUCUGACAGUGAAAGUGACCGAAGUUACUCUCAUCACCGGAGUCCCAGUGAAAGCAGCAGAUAUAGUUGAAAGUGUCCCCUUUUUUUGAUACAAAUUAUAUCUUACUUGUAAAUAUCUGGUAACUUAAAAGUUUAAGAAACUUAAUGGCAGUCUGUUCUGUUUCAAUAUUAGAGGUGAAGUUGAAAAAUAGACACUUACUGUUAUUUGUUCAUUUACAUGUGCAUAGAAUUUAAAAUACAGACGUGUCUCCUAAAAAUAUUUGUAUGCCACAUUUUACAGUAGCCAACUAUGGAAAUGAAUUUCAUUUUCUUGAAUCAAGAAAUCAUGAAAUUUAAAUAUAAUUUGCAAUAUUAUUUUAGCUAGAUUAUUUCUCUCCAUCUCAUGUAUUUCUUAGAAUACAGAUUCUUUUCGCCCGUUUUUAAGGUUUUAGCAUAUAUGCUGCCAAGCAUAGAACUGUGAAGGAGAACUGUGAAAGGUGACCAAAUACUUAUAUACCAAUUACACAGAAUCUUAUACAUGUGUGCUCUUAAAAACAAACUGCCCAGAAUUGAUACUAAUGGUAGCCGGGAGCAUAAGGCAGUGGCUCUGGGGUUCUUAAUUCAUUCCUUACUUCUUUGUUGUCUCAGAGGAUCAGGAAAGUAGUCACCAUACAGCCCACUGUAUUAUUUCAGGCUGGCGCGUGAGGUUAAGAAGAGUAAAUCAGCCUUAACUAUAAAUACCUGCACUGUCUCUAAAGCCCUCAUGUUUUAUGUGCUUUCUAAUAAAUACUAUCAGAAGUUUGGUUUGUAAAAAAACAAUUCUAGGGCUUCCCUGGUGGCACAGUGGUUGGGAGUCCGCCUGCCGAUGCAGGGGACACGGGUUCCUGCCCCGGUCCGGGAGGAUCCCACAUGCCGCGGAGCGUCUGGGCCCAUGAGCCAUGGCCGCUGAGCUUGCACGUCCAGAGCCUGUGCUCCGCGGCAGGAGAGGCCACAGCGGUGAGAGGCCCGCGUACCGCAAAAAAAAAAAAAAAAAAACCUAUUCCAGUUCAUGCUUUGGUGCUUGGUACCUUUUGGUGCAUUAUUCUUAUAUAAUAUACAUUAGAAUUCCGUCAGAGAGAGAAAUGAAUUUUUAAAAAUUCAUUGGCACCAAACAUGGGUCCUCCUAAGCUCUACUCACUUUAAAUAUUUGGAGGGCCUCUCUCAAGCAUAGUUGUGGGCUGGAGGCCAUGGAGCAGGCAGGAUUGGCAUGGGGUUGUGUGGCCACUGGGGUCUGCUGCACAGAACUGAUGUGUGUGCCCCUGGAGGAGUUGAUUGGAGAGUGGACUUCAAAAGUAACACCAAGAUCUCCCUGCCACCAUCCUGGGCACAUUUUGCAGGGCUUUACUUUUAAGUCUUGCAAGUAAGAGGCAGAUGCAAGUAAGAGGCAGAUGCAAGAGCAGUUGAACUGUUCUCAGCACCCGCCAGCAUGUUUCCGUGUUUCAGUGGCCUGCACUGACUCAGUGAAGCCUUGUGUGAGAUGGUAAACCUACGACAACAGGGAAUCAGGGUGUGCAGUACUGCAUAGAUUACACACUUUCACAGUCUUGGGUGGUUCCUGCAAAAAUGAUCUGACCUGUAAAAACUGGUGAGAUUUUUUUUAACCUUUAGUUUGAGUUUUUUCCCCAAGUGUACUUAAUCACCUUAGUGCCAGUUUAAUCUAGUUACACAGAAGAAAUUCAUAUUGGAUGUUUGAUGCAGAACUCUGUGCCAUCCUACCCCAGGGCUUGCCUGGUGUACUUGGGAAGCGGGAAAGAGCCCUCAGUUGGAGGGAUCUGACCACCCCUGAUGGAUGGAGGGAUGACCUUGGAUAUAUGAAAACCAUCACCCAUAAAAGGUUCAUAAACAGGGUUAAGUGGCCAGUUGUUUGCCAAGUUGAUAGAUGAGAAUACAUUAGAAAAUAGGACCUAAGUCAAACAGACAUACUUGAUAGUGAAUACAAAACAACGUGCGAUCAUAUGAAGGGUUUUCAAAAGUUGCCUGCAGAGGAGAAUAUUGCUUUAAUAAUACGCAAUGGAAAGAAACUACAUUUAGAACCCAAACAGAAACUGCCAAAUCUAAUUACGUUAAGAAGAGUUACCUUUGGGCAGUGUAUUAGUUUUCUAUUGCUGUGUAACAAAUGACCCCAAACUUUGCAGCUUAAAGCAGCACUCAUUUCUUAGCUUACAGUUCUGUAGCUCAUGAGUCCAGCACAGUAUAGCUGGAUUCUCUGCUCAGGGUCUCACAAGGCUGAAAUCAAGGGUCAGCAGGGCAGCAUUCCUUUAUGGAGGCUCUGGGGAAGAAUCUGCUUCCAAUUUCAUUCAGAUUGUUAGCAGUAUUCAGUUCCUUGCUGGCUGUCAGCCGGGGUCCUCUUUCUCGGCUCCUUAAGGCUGCUCGCAUCCUACUUGUGUGCUUCUCUCCGUCUUCAAACCAGCAAUGGCCCAUCGAGGACUUCUUCUCAUGCUUCAGGUCUCUCUGCCUUUCCUCCUCUGUUUUAAGGUUCGUGUGAUUAGAUCAAGCCCACUGAGAUAGUCUCCCUGUAUUAAGGUCAGCUGUGCCACAGAACGUAAUCACAGAAGUGGUAUCGCAUUUACAGGUUCCUGGGACUGGGGCAUGAAAUAGGGGGAGGGGCAUUUUAGAAUUCUGCCUCCCACAGGCAAUAACUUCGCCUGUUGUGCUGUGGGUAGAAUUUUACCCUGAAAAGGUGGGCCCUAGAAGCCUCGUUUGUUUUCUCCAUGGAAAAGAACAGCCCUCAGCUGCAGCAUUCAACUUGUGUGUUUACUGAAUGGACUACAGAAAUAGCUUUUCUUCAUAAAGGGGAUUGUUCUGUAUUUUAAGUUAUUUUUUAAUAAAAUUGAAUUAUGUGUAUUGUACUUCUUAAUAGACAAGGCAUUA